GCCCAAAAUUUAGACGUGAAAGGCCAUUCACACAAUCUGGCCUAUUUCGCGAAAAGCUCUUUCUCUCCUCUCCAGCUUACCACAGUGCCGCCCAGCCCUCUGCCCUCACCGGCAGGCCACACCUUGACAGCCCCGGCCGGCCGGCUCACAGGCCACAGCCCACGGGUCCCCACGGCCCCACCGGCACCACGCCGCGCACCCACUACGAGAAACUGAAAGGUCCGCCCCUCACCAUUCACGAAUCACGAGUGCUUAAUUUCUUGAGUAUGAGUAAAUUGGCAGCUCGAUCUCUCCUCCUCCAUCUCAGACGAAGACUCAUCACUGCUACCACCAAUAGUAGCAGCAGCACCACCGAAAUUAAUAUCAAAUUUCUCAGUACCAAUUCAACUUCCGAUGCCUUGAGGACCGAAACCCUAGAAUUGGAAGAUGUUUCUUCCCAAUUUCCUGACGAUUUGAAGAGUCAGAUCUUCCGCCUUCGUCUCCCUAAACGAAGCGCCACUAAUAUUAUUCAGAAAUGGGUCAAUGACGGCAAUUUUGUUACUCUCCCUCAACUCCGUCAAAUUUCUAGAGACCUUCGUAAAUCUAACCGUUACAAGCAUGCUCUUGAGAUAACAGAGUGGAUGGUUUCUCAUAAUGAAUUCAAGUUAUCUGAUUCUGAUUAUGCUGCUCACCUUGAUUUGUUGACUAAAGUUUUUGGGAUUGAUGCUGCUGAAAGAUAUUUUGAUGGUCUUCCACAAGAUGCUAAAACAAGUGAAACCUACACAGCUCUCCUUCACUCCUAUGCAUGUGCUAAAUUAACUGAUAACGCUGAGGAGCUUUUUCAGCAAAUCAAGGAUUCAGGUCUAUCCUUCAGUGCCAUUACCUACAAUGAGAUGAUGACUUUGUACAUGUCUGUGGGUCAAAUGGAGAAAGUUUCUUCAGUAAUUGAAGAUCUGAAACGCCAAAAGGUGGCACCCGAUCUCUUUACUUAUAACCUUUGGAUAAGUUCUUGUGCUGCAACUCUCAAUAUUGAUGGUGUCAAAAGCAUUCUUUCUGAGAUGAGCCAGGAUCCUCAUUCUGAUGAUGGUUGGGUGAGGUACCGAAACCUUGCUAACAUUUAUGUUACAACGGGCCAACUUAGCAGUUCUGGGGCUAGCUCCCUUGUAGAAGCUGAAAAGACUGUUACUCAGAGAGAAUGGAUUACCUAUGAUUUCCUAAUCAUACUGCAUGCUGGUUUUGGAAACAAGGAUAUGAUAGACCAGAUAUGGAAAUCUUUGAGGAUGACUAAUCAAAAAAUGAUUGGUCGAAAUUAUGUGCCCGUUUUAUCUUCAUAUUUGACGUUGGGACAUAUCCAAGAGGUUGGAGAAGUUAUAGAUCAAUGGAAGAACUCCACUACUUCAGUUUUUGACAAUUCCCUCUGUGACAGAUUGGCGAAUGCUUUUGUAGAAGCUGGAUUUGCAGAAAAAGCUGAAACUUUCCGUUCACUUUUGGAUGAGAAAGCUGAUACCGUCAGUGAAUCGCAGCAGGCAUAAAGCAGUUAGGGUUGGUGAAGAAGCAUUGUGAGAAGAGUGUCUAGAUGAGUCCUGCUACCCGGCCCGGGUGUGGCAUUUUUGAAGCCUGCCUGAUGACAAUUUUGAUAAAAGGGUUGAUUUAUUAAAAUCUUGAAACAAAUAUCAAUCAAAUGUAUUUUGUCACCCAUCAUGUAUACCUCUUUAUCUUCUAUCUUUCGUAAAAGAAACUGGUGAUCUUUUCUAGCUAAUAAUAAAGAUCACCGACUGUUUUUAUAAGUACUGGAAGAGUUGUUAAAUUUGUA